AUGAAAAAUCUUCAAUAUUUAUUAUUAUUAUAUGGCAACAACAUAAAGGGUCGCAUUCCCGAUUUGGCUGGAGAGAUAGGAGGAAAUCGGUUGAUUGCUGUGGAUCUCUCAAAUAACUCCAUAACAGGCUUGCCACAGUUUCAGUGGGAUGGAAUAAAUCAACUAUCCAUCCAGUCCAACAUGAUUCAAGGACCAUUCCCUCCAUCAAUUUGCGACAUGAGCAAUCUACAAUAUCUCGAUCUGUCCAAUAAUAGUUUUGAUGGAGUGAUUCCACAAUGCAUUGGAAACAUCAGCUCUCUUGGGAUGCUGCAUUUGGGGGCCAAUCUUUUCAAUGGCACCAUUCCAAAUGCAUGUACAGAUUAUAGACAGUUGACGUGGUUCAUUUUGAAUAAAAAUCAAUUUGAAGGAGAGAUUCCCACUUCUUUGUCCAAAUGUAGAAAUUUGCAAAUACUUGAUUUGGGAAACAACCAUUUGUAUGGCACAUUCCCUGGCUGGUUAUCAAAUCUUCCAAGGUUGCAGGUUAUUGUUCUCAAAUCAAACAAUUUUCAUGGUCCGAUUGAAACAUCUUCAAAAAUUAAACUCCCAUUUCCACUUCUGCGAGUUCUCGACUUAUCUCAUAACCAGUUUGCUGGACAUCUCCCAACGAAAUAUUUUCAAUAUUUCAAUGCCAUGAAGGACGUGGUAAGGACAGGAUCAACUCCAGAAUAUUUGCAGCUGAGAGGCAAGUAUUACUUUGUGAUUGUUGGAGUGAAAGGUCAUCAGCUUCCAUUUCCACAACUUUUGGUUGACUACACGAUUAUUGAUCUAUCAGUAACAAAUUUGAAGGAGAUAUUCCGGAUACCGUUGGCACUCUUAACUCACUUAAAGUGCUCAACUUAUCCCAUAACGACCUCAAUGGUGGAAUCCCACAUACUCUGGGUAGUCUCUUGGAGAUUGAAUCAUUGGACCUAUCAUGGAACAAACUUACAGGUUACAGGAGAGAUCCCUCGAAGUCUUUCAAACAUCACUAAUCUUGCAGUGUUAGACUUCUCACAAAAUCAUAUUGUAGGACGUAUUCCACAAGGAACACAAUUCAACACGUUUGAAGGGAGGUCUUUUGGAGGGAAUUUGGGAUUGUGUGGGUGUCCGUUGACCAAGCAUUGUGAGCAUCCACGUUCCCCACAACUUGAAGUUACUGAUGGUGAUGGAGAUGAAGAUGAGAGUGGGUUUACAUGGAAAGUGGUGAUGUUAGGAUAUGGAUGUGGCACCCUACCUGGAUUGGUGAUAACAUAUGUCGUGUAA